GCGCCCUAUACAGCUUCAACGUAGCUCUGACGUGUCACUGUCACAUUUUGUAAAGAAAAACAAUUUUCAGAUAUAUUAAAUCAUUUAAAUAAUCUAGAUAUUUAAUUAUGGCCCCACAGCCGGAAGUUGAUGAACUUUUCGAUGUAAAAAACUAUUUUUACAUAGGGAAUUAUCAACAAUGCAUAAACGAAGCAGCCAAGAUAAGAAAGCCCUCGUCUCCAGAAAUUGCAAUCCAAAGGGACAUUUUCACGUACCGCUCCUACAUAGCACAAAAUAAGUUUUUAGUUGUCCUCGAUGAGAUUCAAGGGGGAGCCCCAGCAGAAAUUCAACCCUUGAAACUUCUAGCAGAGUAUAUGCAAUCAAAAUCCAACAGAGCCGCCUUUUUGGACCAAUUAAAUCAGAAAAUUGAUGGUUCUCCUCAUAAUGAAACAUUGUCCAUAGUGGCGGCAACAAUUUUUAUUCAGGAGGGUAAUCUAGAUGGAGCUUACAGGUAUUUGCAUGCUUCAGAAAGUCUGGAAUCAUUGUCAUUCAUCAUUAAUAUACUACUAAUGCUGGAUCGUGUAGACUUAGCCAUUAAGAAAUUAAAAGAAAUGCAAGAAAAAGAUGAUGACGCCACUCUGACCCAAUUAGCACAAGCCUGGGUGCACACUGCUAUGGGUGGAGACAAGUUACAAGAUGCAUAUUAUAUCUAUCAAGAGUUAGUGGACAAGUAUGGAUCAACCCCUCUUUUACUUAAUGGACAAGCUGUAACAUUCCUUGGUCAAGGCAAGUAUGAAGAAGCAGAAUCGGCUUUACAAGAAGCUUUAGACAGAGAUCCAAAUAAUGCGGAGGCUCUUGUUAAUAUGAUUGCAUUGCAGAGGCAUUUGGAAAAUAAGAGCUCUGAUCAUCAGAUCAGUAGCAGAUAUUUAUCUCAACUAAAAGACGGCCAUCCUGAUCACCCGUACAUAAAGGACUUGAAGCAAAAAGAAAAUGAUUUUGAGAGAAUCUGCCAGCAAUACGCUCCUACUAACCCUGUUGUAGGAUAGAUGAAUGAAUAAUUUUCCUAUACAUUUUUAUUUAAAUCGUUACGUUUAUAAUGUGAAGUAUAAAAGUAUUAUUACUGAGUUAUACCUGCUUUUUUCAGAUGGACAAAUAAAUAAAAAGCAUACAAUUCUUUAACAA